CAGUCGCGAAGAGAUCGACGUUUGGCUUCGGGUUUCAGUCUACAAUUUGCUGUCGAUGGCGAGUCACGUUGCAUGCACCGGCUGCAAAACUCAUUGAACCUUGUUGAGCGCAAGCAUAUGGCAUCGAAAUACAUGAAAAUAUCAUAAGAAUAGGAAAAUCGAUUGAACAAGAUUGUUGACUACUCGGGACGACAUUUCAUACACACAGAAUGCGGCUAAGCCUUGUCAUAUCCGUAGAUAUAUUAUAUAUAAUUGUCAAUAAUGUAAUUGCCGACAUACCAGGAUGCGAUUACUUCGACACUGUGGGCCUGUCGCAGAGCAAGCGGCUGCCGAACGGCGCGUAUCAGUAUGAAAAGGUGAUCAUACCAGCGAAUCAGGUUGGGGAAUAUGACUAUGAGCUGCUGGAGCAGGGCGAGAAGGUGUCGGUGCCCAAGCAUUUGAGAGGCUGUGCCUGCCACUUCGGCACCUGUAUUCGAUUCUGUUGCCAUCCGAAUCUGAACCUCGUUGAGGGCGAACGCAGGUGCAGCGGCGAAAUAUCGAAAGCAAUCGAGUUCGAUCCGCUUAUCAGCAUAACCCUGAACAAUGGCACCGAGGUGAGCAGACAUGUUCUGCAGGACUUUAUCAUACAGCGGGAUCUGCCGGUUCCAUGUGCAUUGCAUUUCCAUCUGGAUGCCGCAAACGACGAGAGUCAUCAAUACACCCUGUUCGAGAGCGGAAUCCUGCUUCGCCACUUCGACAAUAAAUCGUUGUCCAAGCAAGAGUAUUGCCUGCAGCCGCAUAAGAUUGGCACAGAGAACACCGAAACGCAGUACACACUAGUGCCCCACAAUUGCGCCAUAUUACCCCCCAGUCAAUGGUUGAUUAAUACUCUGCGUUUGGUUUCCAUCGUCAGCUUGAUCCUUACAAUCUGCGUAUAUCUUUACCUGCCGAAGCUUAGGAAUCUACACGGCCUGUGCUUCACCUGCUACAUGAUGUGCCUGAUGCUGGCAUAUGCAUUGCUCUUAGCCGACUCCUGGAGGGGCGACUGGUCGAAGACUCUCUGUCAGGUGAAUGGCUAUGUCGGCUACUAUUUUGUGAUGGCCAGCUUCCUUUGGCUAACCAUGAUCAGCUACGAUCUGUGGAACAGUUUCCGCACUAACAGCUGGCAGGUUACACGACGCUCGUUCAGGUAUCGCUUCCUGCUCUACUCUCUCUAUGCCUGGGGUGUUGCGGUCGUCCUUACCGUAAUCGUGACAUUAGUCGAUAUGUCCUUGGAUAGCGAAGACGAGGAGCAAAUUCUUUGGAUGCCUGGAGUUGCGCUCUUCAAUUGCUGGGUUAAGACUCAUGAUUGGUCGGCGGCGCUCUAUUUCCACGGUCCGAUGGCACUGCAAAUCCUUUUCAACAUCGUCAUGUUCCUACUCACUGCUAUCCGCGUUCUGCAAGUGCAAAAGGAGCUGAAGACCGUUGCGGUACGCAGUGAGUCCCAACAGCGACUCGAUACGAAUAAGCAAACCUAUAUUCUGUUCGUGCGCCUUUUCGUUAUCAUGGGAGUUACCUGGACCUUCGAGAUAAUUGCAUACCUGGUGCAGAGCAAUGAGACAGCCGCGAAUGUAUUGAAAAUCUUCGACUACAUCAACUGUGCCCAAGGCCUCAUAAUAUUCAUAAUGUUUGUGUUGAAACGAAGUGUUCUGAAGCUUAUCUCAAAUCGAGCCCAGAAAAAAAUGCAGCAGCAUCGAGGAUCGGGCUCACUCUAUUGUGGCGUCACCGCAAUCGGCGUGCUGCUCCUAGUGGUGCUGCGCCUGCUGCCGGGCAGUCCUUUCGGGGUCUAUGCCAUGAAUGAUGAGUGGAACUAUCAUGAGCGAAACGGCAUACACAUCAAGUGCAGCUUCUUCGACACAGUCAACGUGACUGGCUACCCCUCGUUUCCGAAUGGCAGCUACAACUACGAGGGCGUGAUAAUACCCAGCCACUAUGUGGGCACCUUUGACUACAUCUACAAGGAUCUGGUGGAUCGCGUCGACGUGACGCCGCAUGUGCGUGGCUGCAUCUGCAAGCUGAAGCCCUGCAUCAAUAUUUGUUGUCCUUGGGGUCAGAUCUACAACGACACUGAGUGCGAAAAGGACACGAACACGAAGCAAAUGUGGCCAGAGCCUAUGAUCAAUGUGACCCUCAACAAUGGAUCCGUUCAGAGUGUGAAUAUCUACGAACAGUUUGUGGUGCAGAGUUUCAGGCCGUGCGCCGAGAUGUUCUCGCUGCUGCCGGAGGUCAACUCCUACGACACCUUUCAGCUCUACGAGAAUGGGACGCUGCUUCGCGAGGAUGACCUGCAUUACAUCUACAAGAACGAGUUCUGCCUGGUGCCCACCAGUGUCAACGAAACCGAUCUCUACUACACGAUAAACCCAGCCAACUGCGACAUGUUCAAUGAGCAUACAACAGUCAAGAUCAUUAACGGCUUUGCAAUGCUCUUUUCCAUUCCCUUUAUGCUGCUGACCAUCGCCGUUUACCUCCUAAUUCCCGAACUGCGUAAUCAGCAUGGAAAGUCUCUGGUCUGCUAUCUGGUGGGCCUGACCGUUGGCUACUCUCUGCUGUGCUGCCUGCUACUCGUGGAGGGCAUAGAUCCACUUGGUCUAUCCUGCAAGGUAUUUGGCUACACGAUCUACUUCUUCUUCAUGUCCGCCUUCUUCUGGCUGAACGUGAUCAGCUUCGAUCUGUGGCACAAUUUCCGGGGCACUCGCGGCAUCAAUCGGUUCCAGGAGAAGAAACGCUUUCUGUUCUACUCGCUCUACUCGUGGGGCUUGGCUCUGCUCUUCCUGGCCUUCACGAUGCUGGCGCAGGAGUAUUCGGACUUGCCCGAUUACCUGAAGCCAGGAAUAGGUGGGGGGCAGUACUGCUGGCUGGACAUGACCAACUGGUCGACCAUGCUCUACUUCUUCGGACCCAUCAUGGCCAUCAUUGUGACCAAUACAGUGAUGUUCGUGAUGACGGCCAUCAAGAUUCACAGCGUGCAGCGCGAGAUGGCGAGGAUCAUAGCACGCGAAGACAGCACCAGGAAUCUGCGUACCGAGAAGGAUAAAUUCGGCUUGUUUCUGCGCCUGUUUCUCAUCAUGGGCGUUACCUGGUCGUUGGAAAUUAUAUCGUACUUUGUGGGCUCUGACAAGAAGUGGUCGAAGAUCUUCUACGUCUCCGACUUGUGCAACGCCAUGCAGGGCUUUCUCAUCUUCAUGCUGUUCGUGUUGAAGAAGAAGGUUAAACACUUGAUAACAAACAGAACUGUGCGUGUGCGCAGUCUGAGACAAACGGAGAGCGUGACUGUAGCUGGAAGCAGCUACUCGAUGCGGCAGCGAUUUAUGGACGCUUCCCAACACAUACGCAAGCUGGUAGUCAUACGCAACGCGUUUGCCAACACUGCCAGCGGCGUGCACUCACAUGCCGUCUAAAGGAACGUAACGAAACGAAACAGAACGGAACGGAACAGCGACAAAUAGCAGCAGUAAGCGUUGCACUCCUCCUCGCUGUUCAGUGUUGUGCAACGAGCUCCUAACACUCUCUCGCUCUCUCUUUCUCUGAGUGUGUGUGCGUGUGUGAGUGUGAAUGGCAUGCAGCACUAUAUCUGAUAGCUAGUCUAUAUAAAUAUAUAUGGAUAUACGUCUAGUAUCUGUGUGUGGCUGUAUUUCAAUUGAAUUUUCU